UUAACUCCACACAGAUGAAGUGGAAGAAGAAGCAGGAGUGACUAUGGCUGACUGCUGCAGUUACUCAGCUGUAAACACUGUAAACAUUGCUCCAUUCUAGUUUAGCUUUAGUCAGUUCAGGUGCCUCUCUGGACUGUUGUGCUGUAGUGUCUGAGAGAAGAGGACAGGGCUGCUGCUCUCCGUGUGUGUGUGUCUCUCUGAGCUGCCAUGAGUGAUGUUGUAGAGAAAACUCUCACCGCUCUGCCCGCUCUGCUGGCGCUGGACUCCCAGCCGGGAGUCGGAAAACUCUCCUCCACCUCCAGACUGAGACACUUAAUCAGAAGUAUCACUGAACUCACCUCCAAACAUGAAGAGGAGAAACUCAUUAAAAAAGAGCUCGCUGCUAUCAAAGAUCAGGUGUCAUCACCUAAUACCACGAUGAGGCAGAUGAGGGAGCUCAUGGUAAGAGCUAUGUACUGCGAGAUGCUUGGAUAUGAAGCUGAUUUUGUCUACAUUCAUGCCAUCAAACUGGCUCAACAAGGCACAGUAUUGGAAAAGAGAGUGGGUUACCUUGCUGUGUCCCUGUUUCUUAACGAGAAUCAUGAACUGCUUUUGCUGCUGGUUAAUACAGUAUUAAAGGAUCUUCAAAGCACCAACCUCAUUGAGGUUUGCAUGGCUCUGACAGUUGUUAGUCAGAUAUUUCCCAAAGACAUGAUACCAGCUAUUCUGCCACUGGUUGAGGAGAAGCUGUCACAUCCAAAGGAAAUUAUAAGGCGGAAAGCAGUGCUUGCUUUGUACAAGUUCUAUCUGAUCGCACCAAAUCAAGUUCAGCAUAUUCAUGGCAAAUUCCGGAAAGCCUUGUGUGACAAAGACCCUGGAGUCAUGAUAUCAUCCCUACACAUCUACCUACAGAUGAUAAAGGAGAACCCUGCCAGCUACAAGGAUCUGACUGGCAGCUUUGUGACCAUCCUGAGACAGGUGGUUGGGGGAAAGUUGCCAUUAGACUUUAACUACCACAGUGUCCCAGCUCCAUGGCUGCAAAUUCAGCUGCUCCGUAUCCUGUCACUGCUCGGGAGAGAAGACCAGAGCACGAGCGAGCUGAUGUACGAUGUCUUAGAUGAAUCCCUGCGAAGAGCAGAAAUGAACCACAAUAUUACUUAUGCUAUUCUGUACGAGUGUGUCAAGGCUAUCUAUACAAUACACCCCAAAGCUGAGCUGCUGGAAAAAGCAGCUCGAUGCAUUGGAAAUUUUGUGCUGUCUCCGAAGAUCAAUCUUAAAUACCUGGGUUUAAAAGCUCUGACAUAUGUGGUUCAGCAUGAUGCCAACCUCGCUCUGCAGCACCAGAUGACUAUUAUAGAAUGUUUGGACCACUCAGAUCUCAUCAUAAAGAGAGAGACCCUAGAGCUGCUUUUCAGGAUCACAAAUGCUCAGAAUGUCACUGUAAUUGUUGAGAAAAUGUUAGGGUUCCUGCGACUCUGUAACGAUGACUACACCAUCAUUGAUCUUGUUGGGAAAGUGGCUGAGCUGGCUGAAAAGUAUGCCCCAGACAACGAGUGGUUCAUUCAGACAAUGAAUGUGGUUUUCUCUCUCGGUGGCAACCUCAUGCAGCCGGACAUUCCCAGCAACUUCCUCAAACUGUUCGCAGAGGGCUCAGAGAGUGAGGAGGAAGACGGGCAGCUGAAGCUUUAUGCAGUGGACUCAUAUCUGGCUGUGUUAAAGGGUGACUGCUCUCAUCUGCCCCAGUGCUUCCUACAGGUCAUCAGCUGGGUGCUGGGAGAGUACUCCUGCUUGAAGGAGGAUGUGGACCAGCAGGAGGUCAUCAGGCUGCUGAAGAAGCUGCUGGAACAGAGAGGAGUGAGCUCAGAGACCAGGAGCUGGGCGCUGUCUGCUCUUACCAAGCUAUGUAAAGGCCCAGGGUGUGCAGAGCUGGCACUGGAGCUGGCUGAGAGCCUGUCCUCCUCCUUGGACACGGUGCUCCGGCAGCAAGCCCACGAGCUGCGCCUCCUCAGCCAGGACUCACAGCUCCACACUAGAGUACUGCCACGUCCUGCUCUCUUGGACAGCCUGGAGGUGGACUCCUCCCUCUCCUUCCUGGAUGGUUUUGUAUCUGAUGCUCUAGCUACAGGAGCUGCUCCGUAUAAACCACCACACCAGAGACAGGAAGAGCUGAGUCAGCAGAGAGCACUGAGUUUGGAGCCGUAUGGACUGUCUCUGCCGGUCACUAUGUCAUCCUGCACUCUUACAGACCGACAGUCUCCCACUUUCCUCUCCAUGAGCUCUGACCUCUCCGGCAACAGCACUGAACCGUCCCACAGAACAGGUGCUAACACACUCAUGUUGGAGGGUGUGAAGAGAGUGUGGGGGAAGGAAGGGUACAUACCUCAGAUAGAGCCUUCAUUAACACCAACUGCAGUGGAGGAGCCCAGCGAUGUAGUUCAAUCCCCCCACCAGCAAGGGGCAGCAGAAACCUCCCACGCAGAGCCUGAGCCAGAGCCACCACAGCUGGACCAGGAGAAGCAGCAGCUGGCUUCAUCACUGUUUGUUGGACUGGGCUCUCAGAACUCUACGUCUUUAUUGGGGAAAACCGAGGCUGCAGCACCACGAUUCAGAAGGAAGGCCCGCCAGCAUGAGUCAGCAUCAACAUCAGGCACGAGCGAGAGUUCCUCUAACUCCUCCCAUUCCUCUCGCAGCACGACAGAUAGCUUUUUGUAUGGUGGCCUGUUAGAAGAGGAGCCAGCAACACCCAUACAAAGCUCCUACCACACCCUAAAGCCCACCAUAGCAAAUGGCAACCAUGAUGCCAGGCAACACAGCCAGAUGGUCAGUGGCACAAGUGAAAAUGAGGAUGGUGCCACUGUCAUUGCAAAAGAGGACAAACAAGCAAACUCGUCUCAAAUCUUAGGAAGCGAUAUGGUUAUAGUGAGACCCAGCAAACUAGCAGAAGAAGCCAUAGUAUCACCGAGAAACUGUAGCAAAUCACUUCCGUCCACCUUCCCCCACAGUUCUGACACUAUGGUUCUGCAGUUGCCCUCUGAGCUGCAAGAACUGCCUCACUCAGAUGUUGUCAGCUUGACCUCUGACCCCCACCUGUCUGUCUCUUGCUGCCGUGUCUUCAGAGAAGAUGCUCUGUUACUUGUUCUCCUCCUCUCCAACCCCACAGAGACGGCACUCCGAGAUGUAGCAGUCGAGCUCAGCUGUGAGGAGCUGGAGACGGCAAGUCUAAGAGGAAAUGUCAUGGAGUGUUUAGAAGGCCGGAAUUCAUCAGUGUGUCGCUACACUCUGCUGAUGGAGAGACCGCACACUCAGGUGGCCUUCACUGGAUCAGUCUCGUACCAAACACAACCUGGACACACCCACAUCCUGCCCUUUUCUGGCAAGCUCUCCACUGCUGACUUUAUCAGGCCCCUGGUGCUAAACACAGAGGAGUAUGGGAAGCUGUGGUUGUCUAUCUCUAAUGAUGUGAAGCAGAACCUAAAACUCCUGACAGAUGGUGGAGAUCCUCUCAGAGCCACCCUCAAUGCUCUGAAAGACAGCCUCAAGCUGCAUAUAGUUGACAUCAUUGGGUCAGAGGGUAUUGUGGCCUGUCGUCUGCUCCGUGGUGGCCCCUGCCUGAUGCACUGCCGUGUGCAUGGUGCCUCACUGGCUGUAUGGCUGCGUUCUCCUCUGCCUUCUCUCCCUGACUGCCUCCUCUACCACUGCCAGAGAGCUUUGCAGGAGCACUGAGCUUCUGGUGGAUCGUCCGUCUGCUGCAAUGUCUUACAGUAUCUUCCUUCUGCCAAGGAUAUGAACUCAAAGUGAUUGUGCUGAAGUGAAGUGAGAACCCUGUCUGUGUUGGUGAUGCAGGCUGUGGAAUCUUCCUUGAAAUAAUGUCCAACUGUAAAGCAAUACAUGUACCCUCUCUAAUGCACUGCUUUAUUAUCUCAAUCAUUUUUUUCUAGUUUAACUCAAUUGCAGGGCUACAGUGUUCAUACAUUACAGAUGUUUUUCAGAAUAUAUAUUUAUUGAUUUUAAUUGUUUGUUUUUUCCUUUCCUCCCCUUCAGUUCAUCCCUUUUUCAAUUACUUUCAUUGUGUUUUUUGACUGUCAUGGAAAUGACAAACUGAGUUUACCAGUGUUUAUUUUUAUACUGUUUUAUUUUCAGCAGUAUGUGUUGAAAGGCUGCCUCUUCUUUUAAAGCUGCCGAGAAGAGAUAUUUAAUGGAACCGUAAAAGCAAAGACAAACCUUAAAAUAGAUGUUACUGCUGUAUAAGCGCCAUAAAACAAAACAGUAGAUUUCUUACUGUGGAACAGUACAAUGGGGCUAUUAUGAAAUACAUCAGUAUAGUGAGAAUGUAAACCUGUUUACUAUAUUAUGAAAAGUUAUGAUAAUCCAUCAUGGAGUUCAGUGUACAUAGUAUUGUGUGAUCAUUUCAUGGAGCAUUCAGCAUUUUCCUGUUCUGUCAUUCAUGUCUUAUUUUAGAUCGUGGGCCAUUCAUCCAGUUCUUAUGUUUCCAGGCAGCCCAGAGUUUGUAUUUUAUCUGAAAUAAUAUUGUGUGUGUGAUGCACUAUAUGGCCAAAAGUAUGUAGACACCUGACUAUUACACCUGUAUGAGCUUGUUUGACAUCUCAUUCCAAAACCAUGAGCAUUAACAUGAGGUCAGGGCUCUGUGCAGACCACUGGAGUUCCUCCACUUCAAACUCAAAACUGCUUUUAUGCACCUCACUUUGUCCAGAGGGACACAGUAAUGCUGGAGCAGGAAGGGGCCUUCUGCACACAACUGCCACAAAGUUGGAAGCAUAUAACUGUCUAAAAUAUCUUUGAAUGUUGUAGCUUUACAUGUCACUGGAUCUAAAGGGUCUAGCCAAACCCCGAAAACAGCCCAUUAUCCCUCCUCCACCAAACUUUGCAAUUGGCACCAUGCAUUCUUGUAGAGAGAUUCAUCACUCCAUUAAACACACUUUUACUGCUCCAGGGUCCUGUUUCAGUGGUGCUACAGAGCAUAGGACCGCUUUAUGGUUGAGCUGAUGAUGCUCCUAGACGCUUCGUUUUCACAAUAAUAGUACUUACAGUUGACCAGGGCAGAUGUAGCAGGCCAGAAUUUUCACAAACUGACUUGUGGCAAAUGUGGCAUCCUAUGAGAGUGCCAUGAUUAAAGUCACUGAAAUCUUCAGUACAAUCCAUUAUACUGCCAGUGUUUGGCUAAGGAGAUUGAAUGACUGUGUGCUAUAUUUUAUAUGCUUGUGUGCAGUGGGUGUGGCUGAAACCCCUGAACUCAAUAAUUAGUAGGGGUGUCCACACAGUUUUGGCCAUAUAGUGUAUAACUGGAUGGAAGUGUGAGGGGGGAAAAGCAUGUUAAACAAAAUGCAUUUAUCAGACCUGAAAAUUUUGGCAAAGCUUGGUAAUAUGAUGGUUUUUGGUCACAAAGCUUUUACCUACUUUCAAUAUUCAAAACAAAUAUGCAUAUUUUAAUCCCAUUUUCAUCUCUUGUGUUUCUACUCAAAGGUGAAAAUGAGCCUAACUUCAAGCUCUCUUCUGUCUUACUAAAUGUCAUUAUUUUCUAGCCACUGUUUUCCACAUCAAAGACUAUUUUUCUUUUCAAAAUGUGAUUUAUAUGCUUUUUCCCCUGCCAUUUUCUCCAGGUAGCACACAUUUGGAUAAAAUCAACUCACUUGAUCUGUGAAUGACCAUAAACGUGCAACUUUCCAUUCCAAAACGGGAUUUUCAGUGACAAAAGUGGGAUUUAUGGAUGUCAACACUAAAGAAUACAUUAAAUUAUCAGGGAUCUUAAUCAUUACUCCCUCCUACUCUAGUCAAAAUCUUUUAAGACCCAUGUGACACUGAAGGCUUCCUAUUUUUCUGAGUCAAAGGCUAACAGUGGAAAUUGCUGCUUAUUGCUCCUGUACUGGGUGUGCAGUGUCAUGUUG